AUGGACGAACACGACAGAGUCAUUGAUAUAUCUGUUCAAAAAGGAAAUACUGGCAGCCGCGUUAAAAGGCCCAAAACUCCCGAGAAACGAAGAUUAAACAAGCAACAAAAAUAUGUUGUAAUAGAUCCUGGACUAUUAAGUUUUACGAGACCAUGCAAUCAUAACACUGCUAGUUAUAAGUGUAGUACUGUUGCCUUGGGUGAUAUUAGACUUAUUCGACGAAAGCUUUACACUGCUCCUGAUAAACUUACGCAGGAUAUUAAGUUAUGUCACAUGCUAGGUGUUUAUGAAAAAGUAAGGAAACGCUCCAACAAAGUAAGUCCAACAAAACACCCCCUUAAUAUUACUUAUUAUCUUCAAUCAAGAACUCAAAAGAAAUCCAUGAGUAUAUCAAGCUUUUUUUACUAA